CCUGCUGAGGGCGUCGUCCAUGGCCGCCGCUCCCGCCUGCGCACGCGACGACCACAACCUUUCACCUCUGACCCUUCACCACAACGCUGCGACCGUCGAGCAUUUCUUAAGAAAAAACAACUCCGACUACUCCUUUUCGUCACGGGCCAAAACGUGGUUUCGGAGGCGCUUAGGACUGCGAAACCCACGAACGCUGCAACAAUUCAACUACUUCGAUAAUGCAUGUCACUGACUUCAAAUCUUCAGAAUGUCAGCCUCCCGACAUUUGCAAACAUCGGCUUUGACUUUGGGAAGCAAAGGUCCACAUUUUGCCCCAUUUUCUGACGGAUGUUGCGGACCAAACAAGGAAGUGAAAUCAUCGUCAAUUUGUGUUUUGGCGUUUUCUGCAAUGUCCGUUUGAAAUUUGAAACUUUCUGGCGAAAUGGAAAGAGCAAACCCAUUCAGCAAGAAAACAGAGAGUGAAAACAAUGAACAGUGCCGCAUUUGCUUGAGGGGGCCACAUUGAAAAUGGACGCUUCUGCCAUGCCUGAUAAUCCUUGCAAUGUUGUCAACAUUUCUGUCAGCCGGGCCUCAACAACUUUCACACUUUGCCGCAUGAAAACAUCAACAAGUGUUGACUUUUCCUUUCUUGUAUAAGCCCGUGACACCUACCUGACUUCGGAAAGAUGAAAACCACAACCUCCUCCAGGAAGAAAAGAGAAAUUGUUGGCUUUACGGACGACAAGCGUCGUGAAAGUUUGCAAAAGUAAGCGGCUAGCAGCUAAGCUAACAAACGAGCCUUUGGAAAGAGUUAGCGGAGCAACGAGCGACUUUCAAAAUUGUCCGUGUUCAACGACACUUAAGUGUCAGCGAGUGGUCGAAAAGCCUCGAAUUGCCCCGCGGAAGAUGAAAAAGUGGCAAACGAACCUUUUUUCUUGUCUGUUGGGACAAAGUUGAUGAAGACGCUUGAAGCACGAGCAGCUGCCGCCACUACGGAGAGCCUCGAGGGACAAAUCCUUACAAAAGCCGAAUAAUCGCCUUCAAAGGUCCGUCAACUUUACUCACACGCUUCGAACAUGCGCUUACGACCGCACACUGAUUCGCCGGUGAAUUUAAUUGUACAAAACAAAUGUUGAACAGUUAGAAUGUGGUCAUUGUGUGAAACUCGAGCGAAUGGACUUCACCGGUGAAAGGAAGGUUUAUCAGCAGUACCGGCGUAUGCGUGGGGGGCAGCAGAGAGCCGAGCUGCCGCGGCACCAAUGAAGAAGAAACCUCCCGCCCCAUCCGUUGUUGCGGUUGAAGAGAGGCGGGAAGCCAAUGCGAACCUUUUCAACCUUCUCACACAACAACGCUCGCGUCUUGGCGUCUUUUUUUCUUUCUUUCUUUCUGGUUGUGAAGAUGGUGCGGACAAAAGCGGACAGCGUCCCCGGAUCUUACAGGAAAGCUGUCGCAGCUUCUGCACCCAGGAAGUCUCUGGGCUCCAGCGCGCCCAACGCCGCGUCGUCUUCCUCCUCCGGUCAGGCGGCCACUCCCGCAAAGAACAAGUACGCCGGAGGGAAUCCCGUGUGCGUUCGGCCCACGCCCACAUGGCAGAAGGGGAUCGGGGACUUCUUCGGCGGUCCCGGAAGGAAGCCGGAGAAGGAGAACCGGAAGCCCGGCGAGGAACGCGACGCGGACGACCGAGAGGCCGGCGGCAGCGGCGUGUCCGAGACCGGCAAGAAGUCCAGGCCGCUGCCAGCCGAGGAAGAGGACGAAUGAAUUUGAAAUGUAAAUGUGUACAUAAUUGUUUGUAUAGUUCAUGACUAGGAUGUUUUUGUUCUUAAAUUGGAAUGUUUUGCAUGUUUCCACUGCUCCAUAUGUUUUGUCAAUAAAAAGAAAUGACUUAUUUGCA